ACCUUGCACUCUCAUUGGUGCGCUGCGUUUUCCGGAAGGCGGAAGUUUGAAGCCGCAUUGGGGCCGGGCAGGCUCUGAGUCGGACUGUCAUGGCGGUGCCGUUGCGGGACCGGUUGUGCUUCCUGAGCCGGCUGCCGGUGCUGCUGCGUGGCACUGCGGACGAGGAGGGGCCGUGCCCCGGGUUCGUGCUGGAGGAGAUCAGCAAGAUCUCUCGUGAGUCGGCAGGCAGCAGCCAGUGCCUGCUGGAGUUCCUGCUGGGCCGGCUGCGCAGCGGCUCCUGCCACGUCAAGCUGAAGGUGCUGAAGAUCCUGCAGCACACGUGUGCCCAGGGUUCACCCCAGUUCCUCUUGCAGCUGAGGAGGAACGCUGCCUUCAUUCGGGAGGCUGCAGCAUUCACUGGGCCCCCAGAUCCCCUCCACGGCAACAGCUUAAACCAGAAGGUCCGGGCUGCUGCACAGGACUUGGCCAGCUUUCUCUUCUCGGAUGCGCUGCUCCCAACUGUUACCACACUGCCUGCCCGUCCCCUGCCUCCUGCAGGCAUGGGUUCCAAAUCCAGUCCCUGCAGCUCCAUGCAAGGAUUUGGCUUCAGCAGCGAGAGAGGCGGCUCCGGCUCUUUCCCAGCCUCAGCAGGUGAAGCCCUGCUCAGCACCAUCCAGCGAGCAGCUGAAGCGGUGGCCAAUGCUGUGCUUCCCUCACCGGAGGGACCCCGGUCUCACUGUGGGGAGCUCCAUGAGGAUGCCUACCAGCCUGUGACAGCUCCUUCUCCUGCCAGGAGCCUGGCCAGCUCAACCAAUCCACCUGCAGCCACUACAGCUCACAUUGCCCGAGUGAGCCACCAGCCAGGGCUGGCGGGGGGCGGCUGGGAGGAGGCAGACAGCGGGCACAGCUCCCAGAACUCCUCGCAGGAGAAUGGUGACCUGAGCCGCACCUCAGACACCUACAGCAAAUCGGGCAGCGACAGUCACUCUGGGGCCAGCCGGGAGCUGGUGAGCGGGGCUGAGAGGGUGGAUGCUGACAGCCUGGGUGAUUGCCUGAGGGAGGUGAGCCUGGUGUCAGCGCUGACCCAGGGUGCCAGGGUCUUCCUGACCAGGGAGGAGGCACAGCACUUCCUCAAGGAGUGUGGGCUGCUGAACUGCGAGGUGGUGCUGGAGCUGCUCAGUCGGGCCCUGGAGGACCCCAGUGACAAUGUCCGCAUGCGGUCCAUGAGCGCCAUCUCAUCCCUCAUGUGCUCCGACCUGCUGGCUCUGGACCAGAUCUUUGCAGGGACACGACAGCAACUGCAGCAGCUCAGCCAAGGCAGCCCCGGCCCUGUGGCCAACCGAGCAACCAAGAUCCUGCGGCAGUUUGAGGCUCUAUGCAGAGGCCGCCCGUCCCCCAAAACCUCACGCCCGUGCUCAGCUCCAUCUACCCUCGCUGAGGGCUCAGCCCCAUGCACAGGGGACCUGCUGACAGACAUCCCACCCCUGCUCGAUGAAAGCAUCCUCCAGCCCCUGUCUGCACCCACACUCCCCGGCACUGCACCAGCAGUGGAGACAGAGCCGGCAUUGGAAGAGGAGCCCUGGGAGCAGCCCGGCCCCACAGCAGUGCCUGUCGCACACAGACAGGAGGCAGUGAGCAGGUUGGUGGGGGAUGUGGGCACGGCAGCAGUGCCCACCCGCAGCCUGUCCCUGUUUGCUGGCAUGGAGCUGGUGGCACCGCCGGGCACAGCGCUCACCCUGCGCUCACCGCCUGCGGAGCCGCGGACGUUGCCACAGCCCCAAGGUGACACCAUGCCUGAUCCGAGCGAUGCAGAGCCCUCAGCCUUCUCCUUCCUCAAUGCAUAGCUGCCUCCGGGAUCCUGCAGGGCUGCAGGCGAUGGCUGUGGGGCUCAGCGUGGGCUUCUCACCAACAAGCAGCCCUAUGGAGACGAGGGCAAUGGGGCUGCGCCUGGGCGCUGCCAGGGAGCUAUAGGAUAUGAAAUGGGGCCGGUGGCAGAGCUUCAAGGAGUCUGUCACUGUCUUCCCGUUCUGGGAAGGUAGGUGGCCCGGCCUGACCCGUGGGGGUCCGUGCUGCAGACCCUGCACUCCUAGGGCCGGGGAAGCCCUGAGUUGGACGCAGGGUCAGAGCUGUAGGGGUCGCGCUGCGGUGAUGCUGGUGGGGCCGCAGCCGGAAAGCACCAAUAAACCUGAGCCCGGAUGGGACCUGCGGCUGCCUCCGAGUGCUUGCUGGGGCCUCGGCCCUCACUGUCCCCGUCCCAGAGCCCCUUUGGAGCCAGAGCCCCUUCCCACGCACAGCCCGCGCCUCCGGACCCCGCAGCCCUUCC